AUGCUCCGGAGCCCCGCCCACAGCCGCCGCCGGCCCCGGAUCCCUGGGUCCCCGGGUCGAGGCCGCUCUCAGCCGCGGGCACGGCAGCGCCAGGGGCCGGCGCCCCGGCUCGGCUGUGCCGCCGCGACCCCUGCCCCGCGGCAUGUGGGGAGCAUCCCCGCUGCCCGCUGGCGAUCCUGGGCUCGUCCUUGCGUCCGCGCGGCUCGCCCUGCGAGGGGAGGCGGCGGUGUCCUGGGAAGGUCCGCGUGGCGCGGCUGCUUCGGUCCGGGCGGUGGGGAAGGGGACCCGGGCGGUGGGGUCGGGGCGGGGAAAACGGGGAGAGUGGAGUGUGCUCUCCAAGUCGCCGACAGCGGUCCGUUCGUUCGGCACCUAGCGAGCCCCUGGCGCAUUGUGGACGACUGCGGUGGGGCCUUUACAAUGGGAACCAUAGGUGGUGGGAUCUUCCAGGCAAUCAAAGGCUUCCGCAAUUCUCCAGUGGGAGUAAACCACAGACUAAGGGGGAGUUUGACAGCUGUUAAAACCAGGGCCCCGCAGCUGGGAGGUAGCUUCGCAGUUUGGGGAGGCCUGUUUUCCAUGAUCGACUGCAGUAUGGUUCAGGUCCGAGGGAAGGAAGACCCCUGGAACUCCAUCACGAGCGGUGCCUUAACCGGAGCCAUCCUGGCGGCAAGAAACGGACCAGUGGCCAUGGUCGGGUCGGCUGCCAUGGGUGGCGUUCUCCUGGCUCUCAUCGAAGGGGCUGGUAUCUUGUUGACGCGCUUUGCCUCUGCCCAGUUUCCCAACGGUCCUCCGUUUGCUGAAGACCCCUCCCAGUUGCCUUCAGCCCAGUUACCAGCCUCGCCCUUUGGGGAGUAUCGACAAUACCAGUAGGACUUCUCUCCCGGACUUCUACAGAGUGAGCUCAGUCUAAGGAAAGAUGUCAGAAGAUCAGGUUCAGCCUGGUUUUAAAACCUUGGGUGGGACAACUGUGGCCAAACAGGCUGUGAAGAGACUUUCAGCACCUUUUUGUAUUUAAAAGAACAUGGUUGGGGCGGGGGGUGGGGUGGGGUGGGAAUCUUAAAAGAUAAUACAUUUAUUUAUUCACACUUGGAUUGCAUUUGUGAUCAAAAUAAAUGUCUAAAAUCCUUCGAAGGAAAUACAGUGAGUGCUUAGAAGAUGGUGGACCACACAGCAAGCAGCCAGGAAGCAUGACUUUCCUUGGGGGCUUUUCUGCCUGGCUUUGUUCUGUUAGUCAAAUAAUAAAAAAUGCCUGGAGAUUGCUCUCUCUUUUAGGA